AUGAGGCCUACUAACGCUUCUGGGUAUCAAUCAUCUGGUCGCUUUGCUCACUGGGAUCCGCUAAACAUUAAAAAAGCUUUUCAAUGGGGUCUUUUCUUCGAGAAUGUGUUUGAGAGUAUAGAUGCCAAUCAAGACUCCAUAGCUGAACUCGAUGCAGCCUUAUCUAAACUGACAUCCAAUCCUCAUUUUCCACAGGGUCUUACACAUAUAUCAUCCACUACACUUGAAACCGAUUACCUGGAUGUAUAUCUUGACAAGUUGAUGCUGCAAAACACAACAAGGAGUCCUCAAGCUUCUGUUGAGGAGGGUAAAAUGGACUUUUCGCCUAAGCCUUCUCCCAAGGCUAAAACCUACACGAAAACCGAUUUGACAGCAUUUGCUAUUCAAGGAAUCACAAAAAGGCAACUUGCAGUUUCAUGUGUUUCAUCAAUGGAGACAAGUGUGGAUGUUGUUUCUAAAACCAUAGCACAAGGAACCUCAAAUGAGCUUCAAGAACAACAAAAGGCUUAUGUGUGGAGCAAUUGGCGGAUGAAAACCCUUUCAUAUCUACUUGAUAAGCAGACUAUCAGAUUGGUUUCAGGUGCAAGCAUGAUUUUUUCUGCUCCUAUGGCUCAGUGGAUACAAGUUUUUGAACAGUUAGAUACAUCAAGUGAAGAAAAUGAGACAUUUGAGCUGUUACUGGUAGGAUGUAUAUCAAGGAGAUGGAAUCAUGUAAUUAAACAAUUUAUGUCGAGUUGUAAUGAACCUUUUAGUAUCUACACACUAUACGAAGGAGUACACAACUUGAUCUUGAAAAGAUUUCAAAAUGUCAAAUUAAUGGAGGAAACAAAGGACUCAAAGUUCAAGGAACAUGAGAUUGUUGAGUAUCUUGAUGCAAAAUUAAGCAAUCAGAUUCAUAGAUUGUGGGAAAUCCCUCCUGCACUUGUAGCAUCAUCUCUUCCUCCCUGGUCUCGUUUAUUUGAAGCAUAUGCAAGUGAGUUAUUGAGUCAAUUCAAAGGGAAAACUACAAAGAUUCGAUGCUGCAGUUGUAGUGAUGGUAACAAGGAACACACAGAAUGUGAAGUUGCUGAGAGGAUUUGGUGCCUCUACAUUUUUCAUGUAUCAAAAAUCCAGACUUGA